AUGGAGGCGUUUGGGGUGUUGGGGGCUGCUGCGGUGCCCGCGCGCUCGCUGCUGGACUUCUCUCCACUUUCGAAUUUGCAAAAAAAACAUCUGGCGAAGAUUUAUGCGGCUUUGACUUCGAACGUGUUGGCCACGGCCCUCGGGGUGUACGUACACCUCAACUGCUUCGCCCUCCCCAACUUCCUCGCCCUCCUCCUUUCCCUCGCAUGCGUCCUCGCCCUCAGCUUCUCCUCCCAGAAGGCCCACGCAGAGUCCAAGAUGCUGACUGGGGAGCGGGCGCUGUACUUCGGGGGGUUUGGCUUUCUUAAUGGAAUGCUAGCUGGCAACUAUUUAGCAGCAGUUCACUUUUAUGUGGGGCCCCAAGUGGUGCCUGCAGCAUUUCUGGCUUCCGUGGCCAUCUUCUGCUGCUUGUCUGCUGCUGCGCUUGUCGCCAAGCAGCGGUCCUACUUGUACCUAGGGUCUAUUUUGGGA